CAAAGUUGGACUUUAGUGAGCUUUCAUUUUCAAUUGGAGCUUUCGUUUUCCAAGAAAACAAAAGAAAGAAAUAAUGGCUGCAGCAGGAGCAGAAGAUGCGGUACUCAAACAAGAAGAGUACCUUGAUGUCCUCACUAAAACUCGUGAGAAAACUGGCAUUUCAAAACCCAGGGGAGAUGUUCAUAGAGACGGGGACUACCAUGGAGCUGUUCAUGUGUGGAUAUAUUCCGAGAGUACUCAUGAAUUACUUCUUCAACAACGUGCUGACUGUAAGGAUUCAUGGCCUGGGUUGUGGGAUAUAUCUAGUGCUGGUCAUAUAUCUGCUGGCGAUUCUUCCCUAUUCUCAGCAAUGAGGGAGCUUCAUGAAGAGCUUGGGAUACUACUUCCAAAGGACGCCUUUGAAUUGAUUUUUGUUUUCCUUCAAGAGUGUGUGAUAAAUGGUGGUACAUUCAUUAACAACGAAUUUAAUGAUGUAUAUGUGGUUACGACAUUGGAUCCAAUUCCUUUGGAGGCUUUUACUCUUCAGGAAUUGUCUUAG